AUGAAUAUGCAAAACAUAGAAAAUAUACGACGAAAGCCUUUUAUUGAAUUGCUUUCAAAUAUUUCUGAAAUACAUAUACGGCCACCAUUUAUUAAUCGAAGUUCACAAUCGAUCGCACGAUUUGAUGAUCAUAGCCGAUCACCUUUGCGAUAUCCAGUUUUGGAUCACGAUUCACAUAUAUUUAUAAUUUUGGUUGUUCUUAUUCCAAUUAUUUUUACUCUUAUUUUAUGUAUAAUCGUAUGGUGUAUUCAUCGAUAUAAUAAGAAAAAAUCUCAACAAAAUAUAACAAAUUUAUCAAUAAAACCUAUCAAUGAUUAUCCUAUAAACGUAUCGUCAAUUUAUUUCAAUCCCUACUAUAAACCCAUCAGUUUUGAAGAAUUGCCACCAUCUUAUGAUAUAAUAUCAAAAACAAAAAAUGAUUCAUCAGUUGCAAAAAAAAACAAUAAUAAUAAAGAACAAUUUUAG